AUGGGCCAGUCUGCCUCUACUCCUUUGUCUCUGACCCUGGACCGCUGGUCAGAAGUCAAGGGACGAGCUCAAAACCUUUCUCUUAUCAUCAAAAAGGGUAAAUGGCAGACUUUUUGUUCAUCCGAGUGGCCCGCCUUUAAUGUCGGAUGGCCCCCGGAGGGGUCCUUCCAUCUGCCUCUCAUCAGGGAGGUAAGGAAACUGGUUUUUCAGCCUGGCCGACACGGACAUCCAGGCCAGGAGCCUUAUAUCCUGGUCUGGCAGGACUUAUGUGAGAACCCCCCGGCGUGGGUCAAGCCCUUCUUACCCCCUGGUUCUCUCCCUAGGUCCUCGGUCUCUGCUUCUGAGCCAGCAAUCCUCCCUGUGAAGCCGGCACCGCAGCGGCAUGACCAAGUGCCGUCUCCGGCACCCGGUCCAGCCCCCGGGCCAGCGUCCCCAACGGUGGCCUCCCCAGAUUCCACCCUCGAGGGUUCCCUGCUGCCACCGGGCGGCGGGCCAGCACAGCGGACUAGGAGCCGGUGCCAACCGGAUGAAGGACCUGUGGCCACUACUCUGCCGUUACGCCCUUACGGGCCUAUGGUGGAAAAUGGGAACGGGGGGGAGAUGCCGGCCCUCCAGUAUUGGCCAUUUUCCUCCUCUGAUUUAUAUAAUUGGAAAAAUAAUAACCCUCCUUUCUCUGAAGACCCCACUCGACUAACAGGUCUCGUGGAGUCCCUCAUGUUUUCCCACCAGCCCACCUGGGAUGAUUGCCAGCAGCUACUAGGGACCCUCUUCACCACAGAGGAAAGAGACCGGAUUCUGCUAGAAGCACGGAAGAACGUCCCGGGACGGGACGGGCGGCCGACACAGCUGCCGAACAUCAUUGACGACAUUUUCCCACUAGCGCGCCCCAACUGGGACCCUAAUACUCCGGAAGGUAGGGAGCAUCUGUCCUCCUAUCGCCAGGCUCUCGUGGCGGGUCUCCGGGCAGCUUCCAGGCGGCCCACCAAUUUGGCUAAGGUAAGGGAGGUCGUCCAGGGUUCUGAUGAAUCUCCUGCAGUCUUUUUAGAGAGGUUAAUGGAAGCCUAUCGGAGGUUUACCCCCUUCGAUCCGAAGUCGGAGGGCCAGAGGGCUUCAGUAGCCAUGGCUUUCAUUGGCCAAUCUGCUGCAGACAUAAGGCGGAAGCUGCAACGCCUUGAUGGGCUGCAGGACCUCACUCUUAGGGACUUAGUUAAAGAAGCGGAUAAAGUUUUUCAUAAAAGGGAGACGGAGGAGGAGAAAGAGGAACGUAAGGAAAAGGAGAGAGAAGAAAGAGAGGAUGCGAGGGAUAGAAAGAGAGAUAAAGCAUUAACUAAAAUCCUGGCCACGGCAGUCGGUAGCAGUAAAGAGAGAGACAGGAAGGGAGGCAGGGCUGGGCCACGGCCGCGACCAAACUUGGACCCGGAUCAAUGUGCAUACUGCAAGGAGUACGGGCACUGGAAGAAAGAUUGUCCUAAGCUCAAACAGGGCUUGCAGGCCAAGCAGUCUACCUUGUUGGCCCUGGAUGAGGACUAGGGGCGACGGGGCUCGGACCCCCUCCCCGAGCUCAGGGUAAAGUUUGAUGUGGAGGGGACCCCUAUUGACUUUGAGGUGGACACCGGAGCUGUUUACUCGGCAUUACAAGCACCAUUGGGGCCGCUGUCAACUAAGCGGUCCCUGGUGAGGGGUGCCAACGGCAGCCGAUACCGAGCCUGGACCACCAAAAGAACUUUAGACUUGGGAAGGGGAAAGGUCCAUCAUUCCUUCCUGGUGAUACCUGACUGCCCAGCUCCCCUUAUGGGGAGAGAUCUGCUUACCAAACUAAAAGCCCGCAUCACCUUCAACCCCGAAGGGCCCAGAGUAGAGUUCUUGAGCCCCCUAGUCCAGCAACCAGUAGUAACAGCUCUGACAAUGUCUAUGGAGGACGAAUACCGCCUGUAUGACUCCCCGGUAAAGGAACAGGAUGUAACAAGGUGGCUUAACGAGUAUCCGGAUGCCUGGGCGGAGAAGGCCAGAUUAGGGCUGGCGAGAAAUCAACCUCCGGUAGUGGUUGCCUUAAAAACCUCUGCAAUUCCAAUUCGGGUGAGGCAGUAUCCCAUGAGUAAGGAAGCUCGGGAAGGAAUCAGGCCACAUAUUCUAAAGCUACUGCAGGGAGGCGGCCAGUCAGCUUGGAACACACCACUCCUUCCCGUCAAGAAACCGGGGACCGGGGAUUACCGACCAGUGCAAGAUCUACGAGAGGUUAACAGCAGGGUACAGGACAUACACCCCACUGUCCCUAACCCUUACAAUCUUCUGAGUUCCCUUCCACCUGACAGGAGCUGGUACACUGUAUUGGAUUUAAAGGAUGCCUUUUUCUGCCUGCGGCUCUGCGAAAGCAGUCAACCACUAUUCGCCUUUGAAUGGGCCGACCCGGAGGCUGGUCUUGCAGGGCAACUGACUUGGACCAGGCUGCCCCAAGGAUUUAAAAACUCCCCCACGAUCUUCGACGAGGCCCUCCAUCAGGACCUGGGCGCCUUCAGAACCCAGCACCCGGAGGUAACCCUGCUCCAGUAUGUGGAUGACCUGCUGCUGGCCGCGUCGUCUCGGGAAGAAUGUGAGUACGAGACCCGCUCCUUACUGCAGGAGCUCGCUCGGCUUGGGUAUAGGGCAUCAGCUAAGAAGGCCCAACUGUGCAGACAGGAAGUUACUUUCCUGGGGUAUACUCUCCGGGGAGGAAAACGCUGGUUAACUGAGGCGCGGAAAAAGACUGUUGUGCAGAUCCCCACACCAACUUCCAGGAAACAACUCCGAGAGUUCUUGGGGACAGCUGGGUUCUGUAGACUGUGGAUUCCGGGAUUUGCCUCGCUAGCCGCCCCGCUGUACCCGCUCCUGAAGGGGGACACAGAAUUCUCUUGGGGGUCAGAACAACAGCGAGCCUUUGAUGAUAUAAAAAAAGCCCUGCUAUCAGCCCCAGCAUUGGCGCUUCCUGAUGUCGAAAAGCCCUUCACCCUUUACAUAGAGGAGCGAGGGGGAGUGGCGCGAGGGGUCUUGACCCAGACUUUGGGACCCUGGAAAAGACCUGUAGCCUACCUGUCCAAACGCUUGGAUUCAGUAGCUGGGGGCUGGCCCCGCUGUCUAAAAGCUAUAGCUGCCGCUGCCUUACUAGCCAAAGAUGCGGACAAACUGACUCUGGGACAGAAACUAACUAUUGUGGCCCCUCAUAUGCUGGAAAGUAUCAUCAGGCAGCCCCCAGACCGGUGGCUCUCGAAUGCUCGCAUCACGCACUAUCAGAGCAUUCUGUUAGACAAGGACCGAGUGACCUUCGGACCUCCAGUUGCUUUAAACCCUGCCACUCUACUCCCGGAUGAGGCUGCAGACCCGGUCCUACACUCCUGCCAGGAUAUCCUGGCAGAGGAAGCAGGAAUCCGUCGUGACCUAAAGGACUUUCCACUGCCAGACUCAGAGGUGACCUGAUUCACGAACGGCAGCAGCUUCCUGCAGGAUGGUAAGAGAUGCGCAGGGGCGGCGGUAGUUAGCAAAGACAAGGUUGUAUGGUCUGCAGGGCUACCAGAAGGGACCUCCGCCCAGAAAGCGGAAAUAAUCGCUCUCACAAAAGCCUUAGAACUGGCUGAGGGGAAGAAGGCUACCAUUUAUACGGAUAGCCGUUAUGCCUUCGCCACGGCUCAUGUACAUGGGGCCAUAUACCAGCAAAGGGGACUAUUAACCUCAGCUGGAAAGGACAUCAAAAACAAGGCCGAAAUCCUUAGACUACUAGCAGCUGUCCUACUGCCUACCAAGUUAGCUAUUGUUCAUUGCCCCGGCCAUCAAAAGGGGUCGGACCCUGUAGCCACAGGAAAUCGGCGGGCAGACGAAGAAGCAAAGGCGGCAGCUCUUAAAGGGGCAGGGGUUCUAGCACUAGUGAACAAAACUCCUGAGGAGGACACGACGCCCGUAACCACAGGGAGUAAGGAACAACAAGCGACCUCCUACUUACAGCAUGUACAUCAGCUCACUCAUUUAGGGGCCAGGAAGAUGCAAGAGCUAUUAAAAGAGCAGCCCUUCACUCUAGCAGCUGCGGAAAACAGAAAACUAGCUGAACAGGUGGCAAGAGACUGCCGAGCCUAUCAGGCUGUAAAUGCACACCCGUCGCAAAUAUCAAAGGGAAAGAGGCUCAGAGGAAAUAGACCUGGCCAGUUUUGGGAGGUGGACUUUACUGAAAUCAAACCAGCCAAGUGUGGGUUAAAAUUUCUCUUAGUUUUUGUAGAUACUUUCUCAGGAUGGGUAGAGGCCUACCCCACCCGAAGGGAAACAGCGCAAGUGGUGGUUAAAAAGAUUAUGGAAGAACUUUUUCCUCGAUUCGGACUGCCCCAGGUAAUUGGGUCAGAUAACGAACCUGCUUUCGUGGCCCAGAUAAGUCAGGAAAUGGCCAAGGUAUUGGAGAUUAAUUGAAAAUUACAUUGUGCUUAUCGUCCCCAAAGUUCAAGGCAAGUAGAAAGAAUGAAUAGAACCAUUAAGGAGACCUUAACUAAAUUGACCUUAGAGACUGGCGUUCAGGAUUGGACCUUGCUCCUACCUUAUGCCCUGUUCCGUGCUCGGAACACGCCCUCACCCUCUAUGUAUAAUCUCACCCCUUUUGAAAUUCUGUACGGAACCCCACCUCCGGUCUCAAAAAUGUCACCCACCAUAGACAAAGACUCAUUACCCCAUACUCCUUUACUUGCCAGGUUAAAGGCUUUAGAGGGAAUCCAGCAAUUUGUCUGGAAGCCCUUGGCCUCUGCUUAUCAGCCAGGAGACCUCAAAGUGCCCCACUCCUUCCACGUUGGAGACUCGGUGUUCAUGAAAAGGCACCAGACCCACAGCUUGGAGCCCCGAUGGAAAGGACCUUACGUGGUGCUGCUGACCACUCCGACUGCGGUUAAAGUAGAUGGCAUCACUCCUUGGAUCCAUGCCUCUCAUCUCAAGCCUGCACCGCCACCGGGACCUGAAUGGACAAUGGAAAGGACUGAUAACCCUCUUAAGCUUCGCUUUUGUCGUAAGCCCCUGCCUGGCCAAACCGAUGGCAAGUAACCCCCAUGCCCCUGUAACCUUAACCUGGGAAGUCAUCAACCCAACAGGGCAAGUAGUCUGGUCAACCAGAGGUGUCCAUACUCCGGGUAGCUGGUGGCCUACCUUAUCUCCAGACGUAUGCCAGCUAGCUGUCGGCCUAGACACAUGGGACAUACCAGAGGUAGAGGACCCCAACAACAUCCCGGUGGUAUCUAGAGGACCCGCUGGUCUCGUUUUCUGGGAAUACCCCAGUGGCGAAGUCAAUGCGGGGUGCCAGCAUUAUGGUAAACGCACCCUCCUAGGCUACCUCCCCUUUUAUGUUUGCCCAAAAGAUGAUCGUAGUCGGACUAAGAUACGGAGCUGUGGUGGGCCUGAAUCCCUUUAUUGCGCAGCAUGGGGGUGUGAAACCACGGGGUCAGCUUAUUGGACCACCCGAUCCAGUUCAGACUGGAUAACUGUCCACUGGAGCAACAAAAGGGGGGAAUGUAAAACAGAAGCUUUGUGUAAUGGAUUAAAUAUCUCCUUAACAGAACGAGGCAGAGGGGCGGACAAGCUUUCCCACUGGUAUAAGGGAAGAACAUGGGGGCUUAGGUUUUAUGUCACCGAAUAUGACUUUGGUCUCUGGUUUACUAUCAAACUACAACAAGAGACCACACCAGUCCCAGUGGGGCCCAAUCCAGCUGUCCGUCCGGUCUCCCCACUCCGGCCCCACUACUUGGCGGGGCCAGUAACAGAAUCUCCCCAAGUUGCCGACCCUGUUCAGACUCCGAGUAGUGGGGCUCCUACCCUGAGAAGCCCAAGUGGUAGGCUCCCCCUGUUUAACCUCGUAAGUGGGGCCUACACUGCUCUUAAUGCAACCCAAAGUAAUUUGACUCGAUCUUGCUGGCUCUGCCUCUCGGCAACACCUCCUUAUUACGAGGGGACUGCAGUAAACGGAACUUAUACCCUGACCACAAGCUCUGCCUGCAAUUGGGGAGGAGAUCACAAGCUAACCCUCCCUGAGGUUUCUGGCAGAGGACUCUGCAUAGGUACCCCCCCACUGAGCCACCAGCAACUCUGUGCCAGAACUGUCUUUAUAAACUCCAC